UUGCCUGCAUUCUCAAUGGACGGAGACUUUGUUAUUGGAGGAGUUUUUUCUAUUCACUACGCACUGCAAACAGUGAUUUAUAACUACACUACCAAGCCUGAACCUUUAAGAUGCACCAGGAGCUUGAAUGUCCGCAAUGUACGUUUUGCUCGUGCAAUGAUUUUUGCAAUUGAGGAGAUAAAUAACAGCACAGAGCUGCUGCCGGGUAUUAAAACUGGAUAUCAGAUCUAUGACUCGUGUGCUUCAGUGUCUGUAGCCAUGGAUGCAGCAUUGCAACUCUUAAAUGGUCAAGAUCCUGUGAUAUACAAAGACAGCAAUUGUUCCCAAUCUGGAGAGAUGAAAGGUCUUGUUGGAGAGUCUGGAUCUUCUCAGUCUAUUGGCAUAUCACGGAUCGUUGGGCCUUUCUACAUACCACAGGUCAGCUACUUUUCCACUUGUGCCUGCCUGUCAGAUAAGCAACAGUACCCAACUUUUUUCAGAACAGUUCCCAGUGAUCAGUUCCAAGCUGAUGCUUUGGCCAAGCUGGUGAAACACUUUGGCUGGACUUGGAUAGGUGCUGUUCGCUCUGACUCAGAUUAUGGAAAUUAUGGAAUGGCGUCUUUUCUUGCUGCAGCUCAGAGAGAGGGUAUCUGUGUGGAGUACUCUGAAUCCUUCUAUCGAACCGACCCACACAGCAAGAUCAAGAGAGUAGCUGAUGUUAUUCGCAGGUCGACAGCAACAGUUGUUGUUGUUUUUUUGGCUCCGGGAGACAUGAAGGUGUUGUUAGAGGAGUUGGCACAGGAACUCCCACCACCUCGUCAGUGGAUAGGGAGUGAGGCCUGGAUAACUGACCCACUCAUGAUGAGUUUCAGUUUCUGUGCAGGAGCCAUCGGACUUGGUAUUCAGCAAUCUGUAAUCCCAGGACUAAGAAACUUUUUGCUGGAUCUCUCUUUCACUGAAGUAGCUGCCAAUUCAGUGCUAACUGAGUUUUGGGGAGAUGCAUUCAACUGCACAAUGAUUAAAUCUAUUGAUCCAAAGAAAAGAGUGUGUGAUGGAACUGAGAAUAUAAACACACUUAUAAGUUCGUACACUGAAACGUCUCAGCUAAGAAUUACUAACAUGGUGUACAAGGCUGUUUAUGCAAUAGCUCAUGCCAUUCAUAACGCAGUGUGUCAAGAAACAAAUUUCAGUAUUCAGUGUGACAAGCACUUCAGUUUGGAGUCCAAACAGGUUUUAUCAGAGCUAAAGAAAGUAAACUUCUCUCGCAAUGGUUAUCCUGUGUCAUUUGAUGUUAAUGGGGAUCCUGUGGCUUUUUAUGAACUGGUCAACUGGCAAAGGAGUGAAGGUGGAGAUAUUGAGCUGGUAACAGUGGGAUACUAUGAUGCAUCACUUCCAAAAGGCCAGGAGUUUCAUAUCAACCGGAACAUAACCUGGGUAGAAGGUGGCAUUAAAGUUCCAGUGUCAAUGUGCAAUGAUAACUGUCUACCAGGAACACGGAAAGUGCUGCAGAAAGGAAAACCCGUCUGCUGCUAUGAUUGUAUACCAUGUCCUGAAGGAGAGAUCAGUAAUACAACAGAUUCUCCUGAUUGCUUCCCAUGUCUCAGUGAAUUCUGGCCAAAUGCAGAAAGAGAUGCCUGUUUCCCCAAACCUAUUGAGUUUCUUUACUUUGACGAAAUCUUUGCAAAGAUUCUGGCUGCGUUCUCUGUUACUGGGGCUUGUCUGGCCAUCAUUACAGCAGUUAUUUACUUUUAUCACAGAACUACUCCAAUUGUCAGAGCCAACAACUCAGAGCUGAGCUUCCUGCUGCUCUUCUCUCUGACUCUGUGUUUCUUAUGUUCAUUAACUUUCAUCGGAGCUCCCUCUGAGUGGUCCUGCAUGCUGCGACACACAGCUUUUGGCAUCACUUUUGUUUUCUGUAUCUCCUGUGUUCUUGGAAAAACUGUAGUAGUUUUAAUGGCCUUCAAAGCUACACUUCCAGGUAGUAAUGUCAUGAAAUGGUUUGGGCCUCCACAACAAAGAUUGACCGUUGUGUUUUUCACAUUUAUUCAAGUUUUGAUAUGUACAAUUUGGUUGUUGCUUAGACCUCCUUUCCCAAUGAAAAAUCUGACAACAUACAAGGAGAAGAUCAUCCUGGAAUGUGCUUUAGGCUCUGCUGUUGGCUUCUGGGCUGUGCUCGGGUACAUUGGCCUGUUGGCUGUUUUUUGCUUUGUGUUAGCUGUUCUAGCUCGUAAACUACCUGAUAAUUUUAAUGAAGCCAAGCUGAUAACCUUCAGCAUGCUGAUCUUCUGUGCAGUGUGGAUCACCUUCAUCCCAGCAUAUGUCAGCUCUCCUGGAAAGUUUACUGUGGCUGUGGAGAUAUUUGCUAUUCUGGCAUCCAGCUUUGGACUGCUGCUGUGUAUAUUUGCUCCAAAGUGUUUCAUCAUCAUAUUUCAGCCCGAGAAGAACUCCAAAAAAUAUUUAAUGAACAAAAUUUAAU